UUCCGUUUGCUUUCAAUGCUUUGUUGCUUCCAGGCAAGCACUAGUGCCUCUAUGCAUUCUUCAUUCAUAAGAGUGGCAUGAUAUCUAUAUAUAUGUAUGUAGUGAAGAGGGGACUAACCCACACUAGCAGUUCAACUGCUGCUUCUUCAGAGCAACGCCCGUCUCCAGAGACUCGUUUUCCUUUUUCGUUUUUGUUUCAAAAAUCAUUGUUGAAUCUCUCUAAUCCAGAAUCUCGAGCCUAGUUAAUCUUUUGAUGUCCUGUUGGUGAGAAUCGAUUAAGAGGAGCAGAUAUUUGGUUUCUCAAAAGGGGCCAAAUCAAAUCAAACCAAAUCUUUCAGAACAGAUGGAGCAGAAAUGCGCUUUGUUGUCAGCAUUGAGCGUAGGGGUUGGUCUGGGAGUGGGGCUUGGAUUGAGUUCAGGGCAGGUGGUUCAGAAAUGGGUUGGAAGGAAUCGUGAGCUCUCUGGUGAGCAGAUUGAGCUGGAGCUUUUGAGGCUGGUGAUUGAUGGCAAGGAAUGCAAGGAAACUUUUGAUGAGUUUCCUUACUAUUUAAGUAAAAGAACACGUGAGUUAUUGACAAAUGCUGCAUUUGUUCAUUUAAAACAACUUCACUUUUCGAAACACACCCGUAACCUGUCACCAGCAAGCAGGGCAAUUCUGCUUUCUGGACCUACAGAACUUUACAUGCAAAAACUUGCCAAGGCUUUAGCGCAACACUUUGAGUCAAAGUUGCUGCUGCUAGAUAUCCCUGACUUCUCUUUCAAGGUGGAAAGCAAACAUGGAUGUGCAAAAAAAGAACCAUCUUUUCAAAGGUCCUUAUCUGAGGUGACUCUUGAGCGAGUGUCCAGUCUUUUUGGUUCCUUUUCAGUUCUCCCUUCAACUGGAAAAACUAAAGGCAUUUUACGCGCACACAGUAAUAGUACUGGAAGUUCCAAUGCAUCUCCAAAACUUAGUAGCAAUGCCUCUACUGCAUCUGAUAUGAGUAGUCCCUUGAAGAACACAAGUAGCUUGUGUCUUGAUGAAAAACUCUUUAUACAGUCGCUUUACAAGGUCUUGGUAUCUGUCUCAGAAAAAAGUUCCAUCAUUUUAUACAUUAGGGAUGCUGAGAAGAUUUUCCUCCAAUCAGAACGGCUGUAUAAUUUGUUUCAUAAAAUGCUUGAGAAACUUUCAGGGCCAGUGAUGGUAAUUGGUUCCCAGAUAUUAGAUUCGGGAGUUGAUGAAAGUCCCGCAACAUUAUUUCCUUACAACAUUGGGGUUAAACCACCAGAAGAUGAUUGCAACGCCCUACAAGAAGAUAAUAUGAAAAUAAUUCAGUUUCAAGAUAACAAAAAACACAUUGCUGAAGUACUUGCAGCCAAUGAUAUUGAAUGUAAUGACUUGAAUUCAAUCUGCCAUGCAGACACAAGGGUACUAAGUAAAUAUAUUGAAGAAAUUGUGGUAUCUGCAAUACAUUACUACUUGAUGAAUACCACGGAUCCAGAAUACCGAAAUGGGAAGCUAGUAAUAUCAUCCGAGAGUUUGUCCCAUGGUUUGAAUCUAUUUCAAGAAGGCAAUAGUAGCUCUGAGGACACCCUGAAGCUGGAGACCAGUGGAAAAAAGGAAGUUCCUCCUGACAAUGAGUUUGAGAAGCACAUUAGACCAGAGGUCAUCCCUGCAAAUGAGAUCGGAGUUACAUUUGCAGAUAUUGGUGCAUUAGAUGAAAUUAAAGAGUCACUCCAAGAGCUGGUCAUGCUUCCUCUUCGAAGGCCAGAUCUCUUCAAAGGUGGUCUUCUUAAACCUUGUAGGGGUAUACUGCUCUUUGGACCUCCAGGUACUGGAAAAACAAUGCUUGCAAAGGCAAUUGCAAAUGAAGCUGGAGCAAGCUUUAUCAAUAUCUCAAUGUCUACCAUCACUUCAAAAUGGUUUGGAGAAGACGAGAAAAAUGUCCGAGCUCUGUUCACAUUGGCAGCAAAGGUAGCCCCAACUAUUAUUUUUGUUGAUGAGGUUGAUAGCAUGCUUGGGCAGCGAACAAGAGUUGGAGAACAUGAGGCGAUGAGGAAGAUUAAAAAUGAAUUCAUGAUGCACUGGGAUGGUCUAUUGACAAAACCUGGGGAGCAAAUUCUAGUCCUUGCUGCAACCAACAGGCCAUUUGACCUUGAUGAAGCAAUCAUACGACGGUUUGAGCGAAGAAUCAUGGUUGGCCUUCCAUCUGUUGAGAACAGGGAAAUGAUCUUGAAGACUCUACUAGCUAAGGAAAAGACUGAAAAUUUAGACUUCAAAGAUCUUGCAAUCAUGACAGAAGGAUACAGUGGAAGUGAUAUUAAGCAUUUGUGCACAACUGCUGCUUAUCGACCUGUUAGGGAGCUCAUGAAGCAGGAGAGAUUAAAAGAUAUGGAAAAGAAUAAAAAAGCUGCUGCAGAACAAUGCUCAGAGGAUGCAUCAGAUACUAAGGGGGAUGGAGAAGAGCGAGUAAUUACCUUGAGGCCUUUAAACAUGGAAGACAUGAGACAGGCUAAGAGUCAGGUUGCUGCAAGUUUUGCUGAUGAAGGAUCAAUGAUGGCUGAGCUGAAGCAGUGGAAUGAGGUAUAUGGAGAAGGAGGUUCAAGAAAGAAAAAGAAACUCACUUACUUCAUUUAGGAUGCAUGUAGAAAGCUGGUAAGCUAUGAACUGAAGGAGGUUCAAGAAAGAAACAGAAACUCACUUUCUGCAUUUAGGAUGCAUUUAGAAAGCUGGUAAGCUAUGAACUUGUCAACAGUCUUCCCUCAAAACACAAGAACGUAGCGCAUAAAGCUGAGAUUGAAAGGUCCAAGCAUGUCAGGGUGAUGCUCUCAAAAAUCAAAAGCAAUAUCUUAUCAGUAUAGAAGAGCUAUAAGUCUAGGCAUAUAUCAUCCGAAUGGCGUGUAAUUCAUUGCAUCAUACAUCAUGUUUAGAGAGAGUUGUUAGUAUUUGAUUGGGUUUGUCUAGAAAGCAAUGGCCAUUAGUACUAGCACUACAACUUAAUGGGACUUGUAAUUGGUUUUAGAAGAUGCAUUGGCUUUUGAGUGAGUAGGAGUGUGAUAUAUCAACCGCACUUUGAGACAGAACUUUUGCAUAAUGGUCGUGCAGUUGCCUGUUUAUGUUGGUUAUAGGCAGUUUUCCAAUGUUCAACUUCAA